UCUGACAGAUGUGACUAUGUCUUUGUCAAUGGGAAAGAAAUGAAAGGCAAGGUUAAUGUGGUGGUCAACUUCACCUACCAGCACCUGAACAGUCCUCUGGAGAUGACGGUAUGGGUGCCCCGGCUCCCACUGCAGAUUGAGGUCUCAGAUGCUGAGCUCAACCAGAUCAAGGGCUGGAGAGUGCCUAUCAUCACCAACAAAAGACCAGCCCGGGACAGCGAGGAAGAGGAGGACGAUGAGAGGAGGGGCCGGGGCUGCACCCUGCAGUACCAGCACGCCAUGGUGCGGGUCUUGACCCAGUUUGUGGCUGAGGCGGCUGGCCCUGGGGCACACUUGGCCCACCUCUUGGGCUCAGACUGGCAAGUGGACAUCACGGAGCUGAUCAAUGACUUCAUGCAGGUGGAGGAGCCCAGGAUCGCCAAGUUGCAAGGGGGGCAGAUCCUGAUCGGACAGGAGCUUGGGAUGACCACCAUUCAGAUCCUGUCACCUCUGUCAGAUGCCAUCCUGGCUGAAAAGACCAUUACCGUGCUGGAUGAGAAGGUGACUAUCACAGACCUCGGGGUCCAGCUGGUGACGGGGCUUUCACUCUCCCUGCAGCUCAGCCCAGGGAGCAACAGAGCCAUCUUUGCCACAGCAGUGGCUCAGGAACUCCUGCAGAGGCCCAAGCAGGAAGCAGCCAUAAGUUGCUGGGUCCAGUUCAGCGAUGGCUCAGUUACACCCUUAGAUAUUUAUGAUGAGAAAGACUUCUCCUUGAUGGCCACAUCCUUGGAUGAGAAGGUGGUCUCUAUCCACCAAGAUCCCAAGUUCAAGUGGCCUAUAAUCGCUGCUGAAACUGAAGGACAAGGUGCUCUGGUAAGGGUUGAAAUGGUGAUCAGUGAAUCAUGCCAGAAAUCCAAGCGGAAGAGUGUGCUAGCUGUUGGAACGGCAAACAUCAAAGUUAAAUUUGGCCAAAACGAUGCUAACCCCAACACCAGUGACAGCAGACACACUGGGGCAGGUGUUCACCUGGAAAAUAAUGUCAAUGACAGAAGGCCCAAGAAACCUUUGCAAGAAUGGGGGAGUCCAGAAGGACAGUACUACAGCAGUUCUUCCAUGGGACUCAUGGAAGGAAGAGGCACCACAACAGAUAGGUCAACCUUCCAGAAGAAGAACAGCCAGGAAAGCCUUUUAGAUGAUGACAGCCAUUUGCAGACCAUGCCCGUUGACCUCACCAGCUUCCCAGCCCAGGUGGAUCUCCCCAGCAGCAAUGGGGAAAUGGAUGAGAAUGACCUUAUGCAGGCAUCCAAAGGGCUGAGUGACUUGGAAAUUGGGAUGUACGCUUUGUUGGGUGUCUUCUGCCUGGCCAUUUUGGUCUUCUUGAUAAACUGUGUGACCUUUGCAUUGAAGUACAGGCACAAACAGGUUCCCUUUGAAGAACAGGAAGGUAUGAGUCACUCCCAUGACUGGGUUGGGUUAAGCAACCGGACAGAACUGCUGGAGAAUCACAUUAACUUUGCAUCCUCCCAAGAUGAGCAAAUCACCGCCAUUGACAGGGGCAUGGAUUUUGAGGAGAGUAAAUAUCUCCUCAGCACAAACUCACAAAAAAGCAUUAAUGGGCAGCUGUUCAAACCUUCAGGACUCACAAUCACUGAUGGGAAAGAUCAGAAAAGUGAGCCCCCAACAUCCCCUACCUCAAAAAGGAAAAGAGUGAAAUUUACCACCUUCACCACCAUCUCCUCAGAUGACCCGUGCCCCGCAGGGAACUCCAUAGUGAUGAGCAGUGAGGAUGACAUCAAGUGGGUCUGCCAGGAUCUGGAAGCUGGGGACUGCAGAGAGCUACAUGACUACAUGGAAAGGUUACAUGAAAAUGUGUAAGCCAGAUAUCCACAGACAUUUUUCCCACUCACCUUUCGGCCUUUAAUUCUGGGAUGUAUGGCAAUGGUGCACCUGGGGGAGAAUGAAAUGACGGGACAAGAUAAGGAUGACACUGUCCAUAGAGCCCCAGAAAAGGACCCUGGCUCAGCUGGGAGGCCCUGAGUUGGCAUCGAUGCACACAUUCCCAAGUACGAUGUCUUGCUCAAAGUUCAGAGGUUUAUCGUGCAUGGCAAGAUUUUUAAAACUUGGAACAAAAAUGAAUUCUCAAUCAUUGAGCUUCUGAGAGUUUCCAGGAAAGAGCAGUUUUUCUCUCUCUCUUUAAUCAAAGCAAUUUAGGUAUUGCAAAAUCCACAUGGCUCCAAUAUCCAAUAUUGCAGACUAUGGAAGAAAAGCAAGACUCAAGUUGGGCAUCCAUGGAACGAUGGGAGCAAGUGUGGUGUUGGAACUAGAGCGGCAUAUCUCACUGUGAGUGUGUUCAGAGGCAGAGUCUGUGCCAUGGUCAGCUCUAGGAGACAUGAUUGUGAGUUAUUAUCUCCCAAAGACUGAGCCAACGUCAGCCCGGGUUAUUGACAGACCAAGGCAAUUGCUGACAAGGACUGAAAGAGAACAAGUGGGCAAAUAGGCCACAAAGAUCUCUGUAACUACAUGCCGAGAGCAAACAGAUGCAAAUCCUCUGAGCAAUUCAGAGCAUUCCUUUUCUGGUGAACUAAGGAUCCUGGGCAUAGAAUUUCAAUCAGGUUCAAAGAACCAGGCUCCUUUUAGCAAGUUCACUAUGUCUAGAUUGGUACCUCUCCACGACAUUGCUAUAUUUCCAAAAGCUGUUGGUAUCUGUGAGAGGAGCAGCAGAGGGCAGUUUCUAGUAUUUCCUGAGUCUCUUUCUUUGUCCUGGGCUUUGUGUCAACUCCCAGGUGACCUUCCAUAGAGAAGUCCCCACUGGGUAUACUUUACACAUGGUCCAUCUUUGCAGAGGCUGAUCUUUGGGGGCUAAGUGGUGUUUACCGUGAAUUCAACACCAAGUGAUGUACAUUGCCCUCACUUUUCUAGAAAGAAGAGAGGGACAUUCAUGUCAAGUCUCCUGCCCAAGAAUUUGCCCUCGAGGCUGUUGAGACAAGUCAGAGUGUCCAUGUGGACUAUGCAGGGUGUGCAGAGCUGGGACCCCGAGUGUAUGGGAGGUGGGCCCCACGGGAAGCCUGGCCUCCCACCCGCAGAGUGUAAGCCUCUUCCUCGGAGACACUCUGUCUGAAGGCGGCCCUCUCUCUCUUUGUAUUUUCACCUCUGUGUCAUUUUCUCUCUCUCUCUGUUCUUUAGAUCUCUCUUUUGUAAUUUCUCUCUUUCUGUGUGUGUCUCUGUCUCUCUGAAUCUGUCUCUCUGCUUCCUGUCUCUGAGAAUGUCCUAAAUGUCCCUGUGAUUCUCUCUCUUUCUCUGGGUGUAUGUGUCCCUUUCUCCUUUUCCUUCACUUCCUUUUUCCUCUUCCUCCUCCUCUUUUCUCCCUCUCCCUCCCCCUUCUCUCUCUCUUCCUACCUCUCUCUGUCUCUUUCCCUUGAUAGAAUUGGAUUCUCCUUGGAUAGUGCGUGCGUAAAUUCCACCAAUUUACCCUUUCAACCUUAGCACUCUCCCUGCCAACUGUGGUGCUAUCAGUUUGCUCUGAGACUGAGAUUCCUGCAGCCAGGAAGUCACCUGCAAUUUAUUUACCGUGUUUGGUUGGUGAUUAAACUGCCACUCCUUUCCGAUGACACUCUUUCACUUUCAGCCGACUCCUCCUUUUUCUUUCCAUUCUUACCCAUGUGAAGUUCCGUUUAAUACCACAGCCACUGCCCACUCCCAAAAUCAUCUACGUGUAGAAUGUACUGUAGAUUGUAAGAAUGUAAUAUAUAUUUAUAAACUGACAGACUGUAAAUAUAAAGUUUGCACUCAGUGGUU